AAAGAAGUAUGGCGCUACUGGGCAUGCGCACAUCAAUACAACGUAUUAUUUGCCAGUGGACAAAAAAUAAUUACUGUUUUUUUUUUCAUUAUCGUAAGGGGUAGGUUUGGGUUUGGGGUGUGUGUAGACGUUAAUAAAAUACAAUAUAAUUGGUCGAAAAUUAAUUUAUUUGUUCGUUUCCCGUCGAAGCUGCAUCCCGUCUAGACACAACCGAGCAACACACUAAACCGAUUGAACCGUUUCGGAAGAUCACAAACUAUUUCUUUGACUUACUGAACUUACCUUUUAGCCAGAAAGUGAGUCAUGUCUGUGAAUUACGCCGCGGGACUCUCUCCAUACGCGGAUAAAGGCAUCUGCGGCCUCCCAGAGGAGUUCGACAGCCCAGAGGAGCUGAAGACUAAAGUGGAGACACUGGCCCAGUGGAUAAAGGAGUCACAGUACAUGGUGGUGCAUUCAGGAGCUGGAAUCAGCACGUCUUCAGGGAUCCCAGACUUCAGAGGUCCUAAAGGAGUGUGGACGAUGGAGGAGAGAGGUGAGACGCCUCACUUUAACACCACGUUUGAGGACGCACGUCCCAGUCUGACUCACAUGGCCCUGCUGCAGCUGCAAAGGACAGGACACCUCAAAUACCUCAUCAGCCAGAACGUAGACGGCCUUCACCUGCGCUCUGGCUUCCCCAGGGAUCGAUUGUCAGAGCUGCACGGGAACAUGUUCGUUGAAGAAUGUGAGAAGUGUGGCAAGCAAUAUGUUCGGGACACUGUAAUUGGAGUGAUGGGUCUGAAACCAACCGGACGCUACUGCGAUGUCACGCGCUCAAGAGGACUCCGAUCUUGCAGAGGGAAGCUGAUCAGCACUAUAUUGGACUGGGAGGACUCGCUGCCUGACAGAGACCUGAAUAGAGCUGAUGAAGCAUGUCGGCGAGCUGACUUGGCCUUGACGCUGGGAACAUCUCUUCAAAUUAAACCUAGCGGAGAUCUGCCUCUUCUAACCAAACGCACGGGAGGGAAGCUGGUUAUAGUCAACCUUCAGCCAACCAAACAUGACAAACACGCCCACCUGCGUAUCCACGGCUAUGUAGACGAGGUCGUGGGUCAGCUGAUGAAGCUGCUGGGAUUGGAGGUUCCAGAGUGGGCGGGGCCAACGGUGUGUGAAAGCUCAGGCGGAGACCUGGACAUCCUCCCAUUCGGAGCCUGGAAAAAGGAAGUGAAGGAGCUGAAAAUAGAGGAGAAUAAACACGUCAUUCCAAAAAAAAGAAAGAAAAAAGAGCAGGCUGGUGAAAUAAACUGCAAGACAGAUGUUAAAGUAGAAGAAGAGACCAAAGAAGAGGGAAAGGAGGCAGCGUUUAGUGACUCUAAACCAAUCAAAACGCAGAAGUCGUCCUGUGAGGCGCAUCCUUUUAACGGCUCCUCCCACAAUCCUACAAGUUCUCCUGCUGUGAAUGAAACGGGCGCAGAACCACACCAAAAACACUGACCAGCCCUCUUCCUAGAGCCCUAUCACAUUCAGACAGAAACUGAAUCACAAAUCUCAGGAAGUGUGCUCACCACCACAUACCCUGUGUUUACAUCAUCUUGAGGAAAACCUGGACUCAGGCCUGUUAGAUGAAGUGAGGUGAUGAAGCCAUGUCAUGUGUACCAUUACAGCUAGUUAGUGGAUAAAUUAGGUCGAUGUUUCUCUGUUUGUUAGCUAAUCUGUGCAGUUUUUCUGGAUGGAGGUUUUGGAGAAUCAUGGUUUUGUACUGUAAAAUAGACAUAUGAUCUGCACUGCACAAAACAUGUCUGUCUUAAUUCACCCUAAAAUCAAAACAUAUUCUUUUUUUAUAAUAGACUGUAUAACAAAUACUACUAUUCUUUUUU